UUGCCUUUUGGCCAGUUUUGCCAGCGGUUCGUGAAAAUCAGUGGCCCAAAAAAAAGAGUGCAGAAAAUGUCAAAUCUCAAGUGGUUCCUGGCGCUCGGCGUCCUGUGUGUUGUGCUCCAUCCACAAGGCGGCGGUGGCGCCUCGGCCGUUUUUUGGCCAUGUGAAAGCGAGGCGGACUGCACAGCUGACGGCUCCAGCUGCGAUUUGGGCAACGGCCAGUGUGAAUGCCCCAACUUUGAUGCGGUGCUGUCGGCGGACUUCACGCGAUGCCUGACGACGUCACACAUUGGUGACACAUGCGACGAGACCGUUCAAUGCAAUCUUAUGCCAACGGGAGCCAACUGUAAAGCCGGGGUCUGCGAUUGCGCCGAUGGCCAUAACUAUGUGCGUGGCAAGUGUAGGCCACUGAAUGUACUCGGCGAGUCCUGUGAUACGGACUUGGAUUGCUAUUUUGGCUACGAUCGCGCAUCGGUUAGCUGUCAGCAAAACGUUUGCGGCUGUGCAAAUGGCUAUUAUAAUAGAUAUGGAAACAUAUGUCGUCGCAAAUCAAUGGAAGAAAACGAUGCCUGCGUCGUUAAUGAGGACUGUGAUGCACUGGGCGCCGCUGCCGAGUGCGUGGGUCUAAUAUGCACCUAUGUGGAUGAAAUUGGCACAACAGCCGACCCCGGAGUGGGCACUACAGACAACACCAGCACCACGAACAACGACGACGACACCAGCACAACCCUCAACGACGACGACGACACAACCGAAGCAACCAACACAGAGACACCAACAGAGGAGCCCACGGCCGAGACCCCACUGUUUUUCCGGCGGCAGCUAACCAAGGCCUUUGUGCACGCUCCACCGCCACCAGUAGCCGCCCCCGCCGCCACCACCACACACGUCGAUGCCGCCGCUCAGGUCUCCUUCCCGCUGACCAAUGGCGAAACGGAGGCACUGCUCUCGCCACGCUCGCCACGCUCACACGAGAUUGCCGUGCAGACGAGCAUCGAGAAGUACGAGCUGCGCGAUCUCAAGGAGCUGGGACGCAGCGUGAGGCAUGUGGCCACAGCCACCGCCUCCACGAGCACGAGCAGCCGGAGUCGCAGUCGCAGUCGUCGCACCUCCAGCUACAAUUAUCGCCGCCAUUUGCCCGCACUCUUCCGCUUCGAUGAUGAGGAUAUCAAGACGUACUCCACGUUGGGCUCCAGCCGGGAUGAUGAGGAUGGCGAGGACAAGAAGUAUGGCAGCAGCUGCACGGAAAAUGGCAAGACCUGCACGGGUCUGCCCCACUCCAUCUGCAGCAGCAAGGUGUGCCUGUGCCGGCAGGGCUACUACGCGCGAAAUGGCAAAUGUUUUGCGGAGCUCGGCGAGAUAGCAGAGAGCACGGACGAGUGCGAGUACGAGUUCGAUGAGCUGUCCAAGUCCUGUGUAUGCCAAAAGAAUUACUUUUACGAGCACGAUCUGCGCAGUUGCAGGAAGCCUAUACAGUAUCAUCUCUCCUGCACAUCGAACAGUCAGUGCAGUCCGUUUGGUGCCUCCUUUUGCCACCCGGACAUACCCAGACGUUGCACCUGCGAGGAGUACGCUCUGUACGAUGCGAUCAAGCAGCUGUGCGAGUACAAGCAAGGCCUUGGGGGCGAAUGUGAUUCCAACGAUGCCUGCCCCAUCGAUAAUUCCGUGUGCUCCAAUCGGCUGUGUGUCUGCGCGGACAAUUACUUCGAGAAGGAUGAAACCUGCGUGCGUGGCAUUAAUGCUGAAUGCACCGAGGACGAUGAGUGUAUGCCGGACAAUACGGCCUGCACGAGCAAGGACUCCGAGGAGCAGACACGCUCCUGUCAGUGCCGCAAGGGCUACGUACACUUUAAGGAUCAGUGCCUCAAGGAAGCUGAGGAACUCGAGGAGGAAUGCAUUGAGGAUGAGCAGUGCAAGCCGCUGCUGGCCAGCUGCAGCACCGAGGGCAAGUGCGCCUGUUCCGAUGAGCUGCACGAGAAGAAUGGCAUCUGUGAAGUAAAGCGAGAACUGGGUGAAUCCUGCACGAAGGCCACCGAAUGUCACGUGGAAAAGGAUCCCGAGAAUGUUGAAUGCCGCAACUCUGUCUGCCAGUGCAAAUUUGGUUUUCAAACAAACACCGAGCAGAAGCAAUGCAUACGCGUCAUGCCCAAUAAGAAAAAUUCUUCCGGUAGACCCAGCGCUCUCAAAAUCAUCACCUUUAUGCUGAUAGGCUCCGCUUUCCUCAUAACCAGUGCGGCCAUUAAGCAGGCUUACUACUGACCAAGGACAGAUCCCAGAAGGAACUUGCGAGCUGCUCCUUCUUCCGCUUGAAUCGAAGGAAAGUUGUGGUGGCAGCUGCCAGUAUUAGCCAAUUCAACUGGCAUGGAUUGAGGUCCGUGGCCAAUCAUUGUAGUGUCCGUUAGUCUUUAAGCUGUUAUUUAGGAGAAUUCGAAGCAAUAAUUGGGGUACGAACGGUGGAACACUGGUGGAACUCUCGCGCUUAUACCAUACCCAUACGUAGCAUAAAUACAAAUAAACAAUAACUACAAAUUAGCCAUAAGUUUCAAGUCUCAACAGACAGCUUUAACCAAAUUGUAAAAUACAAACACAAUAAACUAAGGCCAAUGGAUAAGUUCUUGUUAAAAGCAGAA